AUGCGAGUCUUCCUCGUCCAGACUGCGAAGGGUCUAUUCUCCUCUUCAAGUGGAUACAAGGCCAACAUAUGCUUGUUACGUUAUCUCGCCUCCCAGGGGCAUUCGGUCCGCCAACUGUGCUACUCGCAUCGCGGCGAAGCAGAUGCAGUUGUCCGGACUAUGGCUAAGAGUGGCGGGCACGAUCUGCAGCUUCGUAAGAGGCAGCUGCAUCUGAGAUGUGGAUACGGAGAAGAUGGAACUGAUGUUGGAGUUGAUGAGCUUGUUAUGGAAGAUGGCGUCCAGUACUUGGCGUUGGAGAAGGAGGCUUUUGUUGAGACAUUUGGCGGUACCGAAUACCUACACAAAGCAAUGCCUAGGGAGACAGCACGCUACAUUGAAACUGAAAUAUUGUCAGCACGGUUAUAUGACUUUGUCUCGUUCUUACAAGACGAAAUCAACAAGUUCUCGCCUACACACAUCAUCUUCAACGAUGGCUUAUCCAUGCAAGCUACCUCGGCCUUGCAGAUGCUUCGAAUCAACGCCCGUCGCAUUGCUGUCAUACAUACGGCUGAGCAACUCCCCUUUGGAACUUUCGCUGGUGGCAUGCCUGGCAUGUUGAGCUCGCCGCACGAGUCUAAACUCCUCCAAGAGCUUGAUGGUAUCUGGAGCGUCUCCAAAGCCAUCAAAAGAUACGCAAUCGAUCACAAGAAGCUUCAGACCAGCUUCUUCGCACAUCAUCCGUGGACCUACCUCGAAGAGCGAAAUCAAGAGCUGCCUUUGCGUCUCGUCAACUGGAACAAGAAGUUCAUCGGUAUGAUCAAUCCCUGUCUUGUUAAGGGCGCUCAGAUUUUGGUUGGUCUUGCCAAAUCCUGCCCACAGCACAAGUUCCUGGCCUAUAAGAGUUGGGGCUUUGAUGACAAGUGUGGCCGGCAGAUGCAAGCCUAG